CCAGAGAGACGCUGGGCUGGCAAAAAUAGACGGCUCCUGUCCCAAACGGGUAUGCUGGCUUUCAGCUGCCGUCCCCCUUAGCAGGUGCUAUGAAACAAUAACCGUGUGGGUCACAUUUCCCAAACAACAAGAUGGAAGAAGCCAGAUUUUAGUUGGUGUUGGAUACUGGCCUCUUCGGAACCCUCUGAGGAAAAGGGAUGGGUGACCGCUGCUUAUCCCUCCUUCUCCUUCUCCUCCUCGGACCAGCUGUUCUGGUCCACUCCUCUGAUCAUGAAACUCGUCUGGUUGCGGAUUUGUUCAAGAACUACAACAAAGUCGUUAGGCCUGUAAGCGACCAUCAUCAACCUGUUGACAUCAUUCUUGGACUGCAACUUAUUCAGCUGAUCAAUGUGGAUGAAGUGAAUCAAAUUGUAACCACCAAUGUGCGCCUGAAGCAGCAAUGGGUGGAUGUCAAUUUGAAUUGGAACCCAGAAGACUACGGUGGUGUGAAACAGAUUCGCAUCCCUUCGGAAGAUAUCUGGCGGCCCGAUUUUGUUUUAUACAACAAUGCAGACGGAGAUUUUGCAAUUGAGCAGCUUACCAAAGUCCUCUUGGACUACACAGGCCACAUCACAUGGAACCCUCCAGCCAUCUUUAAAAGCUACUGUGAAAUCAUAGUCACCCAUUUUCCAUUCGACGAGCAAAACUGCAGUAUGAAGUUGGGCACGUGGACCUACGAUGGCACUGUGGUGGUCAUCUACCCGGAAAGUGAACGUCCAGACAUGAGUAACUACAUGGAGAGUGGGGAGUGGAUCAUGAAAGACGUCCGAGGCUGGAAGCAUAACGUGACCUACGCCUGCUGCCUUGAGACGCCGUACCUGGAUAUCACCUACCAUUUUGUAAUGCAGCGCUUGCCUCUCUACUUUAUCGUCAACGUCAUUAUCCCUUGCCUCCUGUUCUCGUUCUUAACAGGAUUAGUGUUUUAUCUACCCACAGAUUCUGGUGAGAAGAUGACACUGAGUAUUUCUGUCCUGCUUUCUUUGACUGUCUUCCUUCUGGUCAUUGUGGAGCUCAUUCCCUCGACCUCUAGUGCUGUCCCUUUGAUUGGCAAAUACAUGUUGUUCACCAUGGUAUUCGUCAUCGCCUCCAUCAUCAUCACCGUGGUUGUGAUUAACACGCAUCACCGCUCUCCAAGCACCCACACUAUGCCCCAGUGGGUGAGAAAGGUUUUUAUCGACACAAUCCCAAACGUCAUGUUCUUCUCCACAAUGAAGCGGCCGUCCAGAAAUAAGCAAGAGAAAAAGAUUUUUACUGAGGACAUGGACAUCUCGGAGAUCUCAGGAAAACAAGAGCCAGCGACUGUGAAUUUCCACUCAUCCCUCAUAAAAAACCCCGAUGUGAAAAGUGCCAUUGAGGGUAUCAAAUACAUCGCUGAAACGAUGAAGUCAGACCAGGAGUCCAACAGUGCUGCAGAAGAAUGGAAGUUUGUCGCUAUGGUGGUUGACCACCUUCUCCUUGGCAUCUUCAUGCUGGUUUGUAUCAUUGGAACGCUGGCUGUCUUUGCCGGGCGCCUCAUUGAAUUACACCAGCAAGGGUGAAGGAAAGGGAACCCCCAGCAGAGAGUAUGUCUUGGAUCCUUUACAAAGUUCACAGAAAGUUAAAAUCUUCCCCAUUCCCCUCUCCCUGCUGCAAAAUCCCAGGCCCUUUCUUUGCCUAUACCUGUGAUGGCUGACCAUUGCCUGUGCUAUGCAAAGACUAGCCGUAAUUCCAUUGGAACCCCCCAAUACAGACCCUCCACACUUUGAAAACUUCCCAGUCUGCCAAAGAAAUGGGAGAGAUUUCUUCUGCAAGAGAGAAUUCUGCACCCUUUAUGCACAGCAGCGAUAUCCAUGAAUGUGAUCCUCUGCAUCCUGUCCUUCAGAGAAAUAACAUGCUUUUCAAUAAUGCAGUGGUGAGCUUCUUCUGCAUUCUAGUUCAUUCAUGUUCCACUAGAAGAUUUAUAAUAAAAUACGUCUG